CAAAGGAAUGGUUAAAGGAGACGAACGACAUCGGCAGAAUGAGAUGAACAAAUGAAUGGAUUGAAAAAUAUAUGGAAAGAAGAGACAGAAGGGUAAUGAAGCAAGAAGAGUAGAAACAAGAAAUAAGAGAGAAUAAGAGGGAAAAAAAGAGGAAAAAAAACAAUUAUUAAAAGAAAGGAAAAGAGAAAAAGGAAGAAAUUAGCCUUGUAACUAGUCGAUAAUAAAGACAGCAAUAUUAUGUAUGUCAAUAUUAUGUGUUUUGUCGUUUUUGACUAGGAGCUUGUUGGCAGCAACAACGUGUGUGCUUGAAUGAUUCAAAGAUUCAAUGUCUCCACACUGUGGCAACAGAUAUCGCGUAACGGUGCCUGCACCCGCCACCAAAGAAACACGUGGCUUUCUAAUUUGUAACUAACAAAUAAAUAAACCAAUCGGUGUGAUUUUAGAGACACGGGGACGGAGAUUCGCUGCGUCGCCAUUCAUUAUGGUAGAUUGGCUGUGGACUACAUUUGGAAAUCGCCACUCUUCAAAAACGCUUAAGAAAAUCCGAAAAGAAAAGAUGUGUCUAAAUAUAAAAUGGAUGUUUUUAUUUUUUGUUUGUCAACUUCCAACUGUAUACCUUGUUGAUCGUGGCAACUUUAAAACUUGCGAUCAAAGUAGUUUUUGUAGGCGGAAUCGUGCAAUUCAACCUGGUUCAUCACCAUACGCAAUCUUGCAAUCUACAGUUAAGUUAGAAAUUGGUACCAUCUCUUGCGAUGUAAUCAACACCAAUAACAAUGUGUCUUUCAAGCUGACCAUUGAUACUCUCGCUAAAAAUUCUGCAAGAAUCCGAAUAACUGAGUUGAGUCCCAUCCGGCCAAGAUAUUUUGUAGAUGAUUCUUUGGUGAAAGAACCUCAAAAAAUAAAGUUUAUGAAAGAGUCAGAAGAUGGCAACUCCCUCAAAGUAAAAUUUGAAGCAAAUGUUGUAGAAAUCACUUACAAACCCUUAAAAAUUGAUUUUUUCGAUUCUGAAGGAGUUUUACUGGUGUCUGUAAACAAUAAAGGAUUGAUGAAUUUUGAGCACUACAGGAAUAAACAAGUUGCUAACGAAGAAUCUAAACCAGCAGAGAAUGACAAUAGAAAUGAGAAUUCUGAAGAAACUAAAUCAGAAGAUGACAAAGAUGAGGAUGACAAAGAGCAGGAUGAACCAAAGGAGGCAACUUCAAAUGAAAGUGAAAAAGGGUUAUGGGAGGAAGAUUUCAAAGAGCAUCAUGAUUCCAAACCAUAUGGACCAAGUUCAGUUGGUUUAGAUGUUUCAUUUGUUGGAUUUGAACAUGUAUAUGGUAUUCCAGAGCACGCAGAUUCUUUGGCUCUCAAACACACCACUGGUGGUGAUCCUUAUCGUCUGUACAACUUGGAUGUGUUUGAGUACGAGCUGGAUAAUCCCAUGGCCUUAUAUGGUUCAAUCCCCUACAUGAUGGCUCACAAUGCGUACAAAACUGUAGGCGUGUUUUGGAACAAUGCUGCUGAAACUUGGGUUGACAUUGCAUCAUCUAAGUCUGUGCUAAGCUCGUUGAUAUCGCUUUUCAAAACAGGCGAUAUUCCAGAAGUUGAUACACACUGGAUGUCUGAAAGUGGCAUUAUUGAUUUAUUUAUCAUGCUUGGACCCAAACCUCAUGAUGUAUCACAUCAAUAUUCUACACUAACUGGAACUACUACGCUACCACCGAUGUUUGGUAUCGCUUACCACCAGUGUCGUUGGAAUUACAACGAUGAAGAAGAUGUAAAACAAGUUGAUGCCAACUUCGACAAGCAUGAUAUACCUUACGAUGUACUGUGGUUGGAUAUCGAACACACCGAUGGUAAAAAAUAUAUGACUUGGGACGUUGCUAAGUUUCCAGACUCGAAGAAAAUGAUUGAAAACGUUGCGUCGAAGGGACGCAAAAUGGUGACCAUUAUUGAUCCGCAUAUAAAGCGUGAAUCUGGUUAUCAUAUCCAUACCGAAGCAACAGAUAAGCAGUUGUAUGUGAAAAAGAAGGACGGUAGUGACUAUGAAGGCUGGUGCUGGCCAGGAUCGUCUUCCUGGAUUGAUUUUGUCAACCCAGAUGCACGUGCUUGGUGGGCUAGUAAAUUUGCUUUGGACCAAUAUCAGGGUUCUACACUGAAUCUCAUGACCUGGAAUGACAUGAAUGAGCCAUCCGUCUUUAAUGGGCCUGAAAUAACAAUGCACAAGGACGCUGUGCAUUAUGGAAAUUGGGAACACCGUGAUGUGCAUAAUCUUUAUGGGAUGUAUCUUCAUAUGUCUACAUUUGAAGGUCACCUGCAAAGAUCAGAUGGAAAAGAAAGACCAUUUGUUUUGUCCAGGGCUUUCUUUGCAGGAUCCCAGCGAUAUGGACCAAUUUGGACAGGUGACAAUAAAGCAGAUUGGUCUCAUUUGAAAGCUUCCGUACCAAUGUUGUUGUCACUUAAUGUUGCAGGAUUGCCCUUCUCUGGAGCUGACGUUGGUGGAUUCUUUGGUAACCCAGAACCUGAACUUCUUGUUCGUUGGUAUCAGGCUGGUGCUUUUCAACCGUUUUUCCGUGGUCAUGCUCACCUUGACACCCGUCGCCGAGAGCCAUGGUUGUUUGGUGAGGAAAACACUAAACUAAUUCGAACUGCAAUCAGAAAGCGUUACGCAAUUUUACCUUACCUUUACACCUUGCUGCGUAGAAGUUACGAAGAAGGCUUAGCUGUUAUGAGGCCUCUUUGGAUGGAAUUCCCCGAAGACACGAAGACGUUUUCUAUGGAUGAUGAGUACCUAUUAGGAAGUGCUUUACUAGUGAAGCCUGUCACAGACUCUGGCAAAGAUGAUAUUAUUGUUUACUUCCCUGGAAAGGACACGCAGCCUUGGUAUGACUUUGACUCGUUCGCAGUACAUUACGGAGGCAAAUCUGAAGCUAUUCCCACACCAAUGUAUAAGAUACCAGUGUUUAUUCGUGGAGGAAGCAUCCUUCCAGUUAAAGAACGUGUACGUCGCGCAUCUUCCCUAAUGGUUAAUGAUCCAUACACAAUAGUCAUUGCCUUAAACCACGAGGGUAAAGCUGAAGGUGAAUUAUACAUUGAUGAUGAGCACUCGUUGGAUUAUAAAAAUGGAGAGUACAUCUCUUCCAAGAUUUCUAUGAGUGGUCUAACUAUCACAAAAUGGGAUACUCAUAGCAAAUUUAGUACUAAAUCUUGGGUUGAAAGAAUAAUAGUCGUUGGGUUAAAGACAAGACCAUCUUACUGCACCAUCAUGUUAGACAAUGAUAUGAAAAGUUUGGAAUUCACUUACGAUGCUGAGAAGCAGCUGUUGGUUAUUAAGAAACCUGUUCCUUAUAUUGAUGGUAACUUCACCAUUACAAUGGGUUGAAACGAACUAGAAAACGUUUUAGGAGAAAUUUACUAAUUUUUUUAAAGUACUGCCAUUUUUCCGUCCUUUUAUUUAUUCGAUUUGAUACAUAUUUUGAAGCUGUGUUUUUGCGGUGUUAUGGUGAUUGAAAGAUGAAAAAAAACUGGACUUUGAGAUUCAGAUGUGCGAUUUUAAAAAUAUCGACGAUAUAGCGAUGUAAGAAUUUUUUAACAAUUUUUGUGUAUUGUUACUGUUCAAUUUUGUGCGUUUCGAUGCAUGUCAAA